CGAUACCGCCUAGUCGUCGUCCAGUCACCAAGUCGAGCCCGCAUGUGUGGCUUCGGCGACAAGGAUCGUCGUCCACUGAGCCCAACUCUGAUCGUCAAACUCAUCAUCUACGAUGUCCAGUCAGGAAGAGAGCUAGCAGCCACGGACGUGGACACUUCAGCCUUCUUCUUGGCGUCGGACUUGGUCCAUCCUUCUGAGCUUGAUGCUGCGCCGAGGAACUUACUUGUCCAUCACCAUGCGGCUGCCGUCUCUGCACAACAAGCAGGCCCUCACGCUCCACCCACUACCGUCAUGACGGAGACGUACACGCGCAACUUCGUCGGCGCCUGCGUGGCCUCCGCCAACAUCCUCAAGGACGAGUCCGAACAGCUGGGCAUCUUCUUUGUAUUGCAAGACCUCUCAGUCCGCACCGAGGGCGUGUACCGCAUCAAGUUGACCCUCGCCAACUUGUCCUCCUCCACCGACGGACAGAUCAGGCAGGGAGUGAGCGAAGCCCUCGCCGAGGCGUACACGGAUCCUUUCACUGUGUAUACGCCUCGCCGCUUCCCAGGAGUAAUCGAGCCUACGGCAUUGAGCAAGAAGUUUGCGGCGCAGGGUGUCAAGAUACCCGUGAGGGUGGAC